UUUAAAACUCUCUGCUCUAUCUCAUCAAGGAUCUAGUACCUUCGAGGUGUGGACUUAAAGCUUGUAAUAAUGCUUCUACUGUUUGAGACGCCUGGAGGUUUCGCUAUUUUUAAAGUAUUAGAUGAAGGGAAGCUCUCUAGUGUUGAGGAUUUGGGCAAUGUGUUCUCCUCUCCCGAGUCAGCUCGAAAGAUGGUGAAGCUUAAAGCUUUCGACAAGUUUGACAACACGUCCGAUGCUCUUGAAGCAGUAGCCAAACUAGUGGAAGGAACCCCCAGCAAGGGUCUCCGCAAGUUUCUAAAAGCUAACUGCAAAGGCGAAACCUUAGCCGUUGCUGAUUCGAAGCUCGGAAACAUCAUCAAGGAGAAACUGACAAUAGACUGUGUCCACAACAACGCUGUUAUGGAGCUCUUGCGAGGCGUGAGAAGCCAGCUCUCCGAACUUAUUACCGGAUUGGGAGAGCAAGACUUGGCUCCGAUGAGCUUGGAGCUGUCUCACAGUCUUGCUAGAUAUAAACUAAAGUUCAGUUCCGACAAGGUUGAUACAAUGAUAAUCCAAGCGAUUGGUUUACUUGAUGAUCUUGACAAAGAGCUAAACACUUACGCUAUGAGGGUUCGUGAAUGGUACGGCUGGCACUUUCCCGAGCUCGCCAAGAUCAUAAGUGACAAUAUCUUGUACGCCAAGUCUGUGAAGCUAAUGGGGAACCGGAUCAAUGCAGCUAAGCUAGACUUCUCUGAGAUAUUGGCUGAUGAAGUUGAAGCUGAGCUUAAAGAAGCUUCUGUGAUCUCCAUGGGAACUGAAGUCAGCGACCUUGAUUUGAUUCAUAUUCGUGAACUCUGCGACCAGGUUCUGUCUCUUGCUGAGUAUAGAGCUCAGCUUUACGACUACUUGAAGAGCAGGAUGAACACAAUCGCGCCGAAUCUGACGGCCCUCGUUGGUGAGCUCGUCGGUGCUCGUCUUAUCUCUCACGGUGGGAGUUUGUUGAACCUUGCGAAGCAGCCUGGGAGCACUGUUCAGAUUCUUGGAGCUGAGAAGGCUUUGUUUAGAGCGCUUAAGACCAAGCACAAUACUCCAAAGUACGGUUUGAUUUUCCACGCGUCUGUGGUCGGACAAGCUGGGAGGAAGAACAAGCCUAGGAUCGCGCGGUCGCUGGCUGCGAAAGCUGCUCUCUCUAUCCGUUGCGAUGCUCUUGGAGAUGCGGGAGAUAACUCUAUGGGAGUGGAGAACCGUUUGAAGCUUGAGGCAAGGUUGAGGAGUUUAGAAGGGAAAGAUCUUGGACGUCUUGCUGGAUCGGCUAAAGGCAAACCGAAGAUUGAAGUUUAUAAUAAGGAUAAGAAGAUGGGGUCUGGAGGUUUGAUUGCUCCUGCUGAGACAUACAACACUGCUGCAGACUCUCUUCUUGUGCAAACUACCGUAUCAGCUGAGAAUGGUGUCAAAGAGAAGAAAGAUAAAAAGAAGAAGAAGAAGGCUGAAGCAGAGGAGGAAGAAGAAGCCAAAGCUGAGGAAUCUUCAAAGAAGAAGAAGAAGAAGAAGGCUAAGACAGAAGUAGAACCUGAAGUUGUAGAACCUGCAAAGAAGGAGAAAAAGAAGAAGAAGAGAAAGCACGAGGAAGAAGAAACCGAAGAGCCUGCCAAGAAGAAAGAAGAAAGAAAAGAAGGAGAAGAAGAAGAAGAAGAGUGAAGCCUGAAGAUAGGUUUAAAGUUUUUGAAUUGCUUAACUUUUAUUAACGGUUUAAUGUUUUGUUAUGAUUUUGAUUUAGUUGGUACACACUUAGUGAUCUAAAACUUUAUGAACUCUGUUCAUCGUUUUGUAAGAUAGUGUGUGGGGUCUUGGUCAUUUUCCCAGAUCUUGCAUUACAA